GGUCAUGCAGUUGUCUGACGUCAUAAUACAUGUACAGUUAACUUUUCACAUUCCUACCUCACACAAAAACAGACAUAACGUCACACAUACGUUGCAGCGUCACACAUUCGACACAUAAGUAUCUAGGUAUAUGCUAAGAAAGACUUCGCUCUGUCAUACAUAUUACUGGGAAGAAGAGUACACUGACAUACUUGACAUCCACGUGUUGAUUUAGAGGGAAUCUUGGGAUUAUUGAUUGGUUGUACUUGACCCAGAUCUAGUUUUGCCUCAAUAAAUAUUGAUGGCACUAUGCUGUGAAUGCCAGCGUGAGAUUGUAUUUAUGUGUGUCUGUGGUCAACAGGGCGCAUUAUGUACAGUGUCUGCCAAUCAGUCCCCUUUACCAUAUGGACGAGCUUGACAUAUGUAGGCCAGUGAUUAUUGCAUUGGUACUAGGCUAUGGAGUAGACCUUAAAAUACAGGUCCUGAAAGCCUGGCACUUUUAUGUCUGUGUAGCACUAUUUCAACACUACAGUUAGAAGAUCGUGCUGGGAAGGUCACAAAGCAUAACACAGAGGAACAUAAGGCUGUGAGGUGGAGAUGAGGAUGUUCAUAGCUACUGAAGGGAAAUAUCAUUGAGGGUAGUGACUGUAGGGUGUGGGUGAAGGAAGACCUUAAAGCUCACCCAUGGACAUGUACGUUUAACUUUUAACAAUUUUAUGUAACUUAUUUCCCAGAGAGCAAUUUGGGCGGUGGGUUUCUGCAUGUUGGAAUAGCUUUUUUAAAUAAUUACCGGUACAUGCAUGUGUCCUUACCUCUUACUGUAAAUGUCAGGUGUUAAUCUACGUCAUGGUGAAAGCAAUCCUUGCAAGAUUUCUGCUAACAGAAUCAGAUGUUUAGGCUUAUAAAUCUGCUGAAGACUGAUGCAGUUUGAAUGUGCUUUUGAGCCUGAAUACUCGGACUUUCUGCAUUCAAAGGUAUUAUUGUGCUGAGAACAUUUUCACUGUAUUUUAGGUUUGACUGUGAAGAAAAUAUUCAGACUGUGAUUAUGAACUGAACUAUUGGACUACAUGUGCCUUGAUUAUUAAUGAUUUUAUGAAACACUUAGUCUGAGUAGAAUUGAGCUGAACACUGGAAGUAGUCCAUGUGUGCAUUUUAGCACUGAACACUUGGACAAGCUGACUACAGUUGUGAACUACUUGUAGUCAUUAGCACUAGUACAUGUGACUAAGUACAACUGUGAGCUGAACACUUGGACUGUGGAAGUACAACUGUGAGCUGAACACUUGGACUGUGGAAGUACAACUGUGAGCUGAACACUAGGACUGUGGAAGUACAACUGUGAGCUGAACACUUGGACUGUGGAAGUACAACUGUGAACUGAACACUUGGACUGUGGAAGGACAGCUGUGAGCUGAACACUAGGACUGUUGAAGUACAGCUGUGAGCUGAACAGUUAAACAAGGAGAUUACAUCAAAAAGCUCAGCAGGAUGGGAAAGCUGAACCACUUCUUGAUUUUCCUGAACAACCCUCAGGCGGUAUAUUUCUGUGGACAGGUGAUAGAGGGCUAUGUUAGCGUUGACCUCAGGGAGCCCAUGAAAAUGAGAGGUCUUAGGUUACUAUUCGAAGGAGGGGCUAAUGUCCACUGGACGGAACAACAUACCACAGGCUCCGGGAAGAACAGACGUACAGUGACACGCCAUUACUCAGCCAGGGAGAGCUAUUUCAGUCAGAUCUUGGUGUUGUAUGGAAAAGCUCCAGGGGCUGGUGGGGAUAACCCUGUUCACCCUGCUGGCCAGCACAUGUACCCCUUCAGGUUACAACUUCCGUACGGUAUCCCUUCAUCGUUCGAGACAACAGUGGGGCGGGUGCGAUACACCAUCAGUGGAGUCAUUGAUAAACCCUGGAAGUUUGACCACAAAACCAAAGCUGCCUUCACAGUUAUCAACCUGCUGGAUUUGAACCGAGAACCCUUGGCUUUGUCAGUGCCCCAGGGGCAAAACUCUAAGACGCUGUGUUGCCUCUGCUGUAAGUCUGGUCCCAUUGAAGCUGUCUGCCGUCUGGAGAGAAUGGGCUAUGUCCCAGGGGAAGCCAUUGUCAUCAACGCUGAAAUCACCAACGGGUCAAGUCGCAAAAUGUCCUGUUCGUACGCUGAGCUAUCGCAGGUCAUCUCUUUCCACGCAAGCACAAAGACCAAAUCUUCCACUACAGUGAUAGCCAGGGUGAACCACAGUGAGAUCGCCCCAGGGGGAUCUGAUGUGUGGUCCGGGGACAGGCUCCAUAUACCACCCAUCCCCCCAUCCAGGCUGGACGGCUGUAGUAUCAUAGAUAUAACCUAUAUACUGAAGUUUUGUGUAGAUCCUUCUGGGCCAGCCUUUGACCUCCAGAUCCCUCUUAACAUUCUGAUUGGCUCAAUUCCUCACCAACAAGUUGUGGAGAGACACGCUAACUUUGGACCGCCAGGUGGAGCCUCGGGAUUUGCCCCGACCAUGAAUCCCACAUCACCUGCCGUGCCUCCAGCACCAGGGGCAACUCCGUCAGCACCGGUUUUACCGCCAAACAUGCCCCCGCCAUCUUAUGCUGAGUGUGUGUCUGGCAAGGUGAACAUUCGUGAUGAGGAAGACAAUGAGUACACAGGUGGAAACCUGGAGUACACUCCCAGAUAUACCUACUACAACUGGGAGGACAGCAGCAACCAAAACCCAAAGUGAUUCCCACCAUUUAUAGUGGACAGACCAACAUGAAGAGCCACUUACUAAAUAAUGUGCUGAUGCCAUUAAGCUGAUCCAAUGGUAGUAACCUGACAAGACUCUGCUUUACAGUUAUGCUAUCUGACAUGAGCAGUUCAAAAGCUGUACAGGACAGGAUACACAACUUUGUCAUGGAGCAAAACAGGCAUAUCAAGGUUAAAAGCAAAACCGUGUUCAUGGAGAAAACUUUGAUUGAAGCAUCAUCAUUGUCUAGUGUUUUUUUCUUUUGUGUUUUUGUUGUUGUUGUUGUUGAUUAUUUUUGCUGUAAUGGUUUAAAAUGAUGGAACCAAAAGCCACAUGCAUUGCACACAGAGUUGUACAUCUCUGUUUCACCGAUUCUACUGCAGCAUUUGCAAAGUGUCUAUCUGCACAAAAAGUACACACAGAAGACAUCCAGUUGAACUAAUUGUGCAUAGUUUGUGAUGGGUCAGUUACAUACUCCAUUGUACACAGGGAAGACAAAAAACAAAUUGGCAUAUACAUGCAGCUCUGAGCUAGUUUGUAAGAGACGAACUAAGCUCUUCAUUGCUCUCAGAAAAUGAACAAAUGGUACACAUAUGUAAAUACUGUAAUCUGUCAACCCUUUCGAUCCCACAAGCUGCAAUCCUGGUCGGAACGCUUGUGGAAGAGUUGACAAAACAGGGUAAGUGGCUGUGGGAGAGUCCGAUCAUUGAGAUUGAAUAGCACACUGAGGGUGGCUGAUGGUUCUUAACUUAGUUAAUGAACAGCUUGUGAAGUGAUGACGUAAAGACUGAUAAAGUGGUUAGUCAGAGUCUACACGCACGACAGGAAUGAAGGCCCUUUCACUCAGGUGAUCCUCUCCCCUUCCCAGUUAUCAGUAUGGUCAGUUAGCAGGAGCUAAGGAACAAUUAGUAACUGGCGAAAUAGGUUCUUCUUUGCACACAGAGAAGAGAGCAAAAUAUAGUACACAGUUUUGUAUCAAUUAAAGUUUGUACAUGUAUGUAGUCUUAUUUUUAAUAGUUUACCAUUGUCUUCAAGCAGCUGCACAUUAUGAAUUAUGUAUGAAGAAUUAUUGAUGAAAUCCGUAUUUUCUUUUGAAUUCCUUUUUUUUCACAGAGGCUUUUAUGUUUCCAGUUAAACACCUACAAUCGCUCAUUUAUAAAUUCAUUUGUAUUGUCUCCUUUCAUUGUAAUAAUUUUGCAGGGCAUACUUUUGUGAUAAGUCUCAUUCAGCUGUUGGGUUUCUCAUAAUCGUUGUUGUCUCAACGUAAAAACUAGAAGGGUUUUAAAGUUUUGUUAUAAAAUUUUUACAUUUAGUGUUUUUGAAAUAACAUUUUACUUUCGCAUUUCAUCAUUACAAAGCAUCUUUUAGUAAACAGCUUGCUUAUUUAAAACUAAAGCAGUACCCAUUGACAAAAUGAAAGUUUGCCACACUAUAUUUUGAUAUGCCUCUGCUGUUAAUAAUAUAUGGGAUGUCAAUAUUGCUUAAUUUGCGUGUGCAAUUCACUGUUUGUUUUGAAUUUGAGGGGUACUGUCACACUUUGACACCUUUACACUCCUGAAACAAAGUCAUGAAAGUGUACUGUAAAUCUUCAACCUUUUUAGCCAGUAAAAGCACUUUUUUCAUUGGAAUGUAUGCAAUACAAUGGGAUACCGGCAGAUUGUCCACUCACGAAAGGUGGCGCUAGUGUGAAUUAGGACUUGCGUCACAAGUCCUUUGUUGCGCAACGCAAAACAUGUUGCGUUCUGUAGUUUCAUCUGUGACGUAUUUGCUCUACCCACUGUGACGUUGCACCGUUGACGCUGCAGUGGAAUGUCCAGCAUCACUGAUAUGUUGUAAUAUGUCCCACCUCAAACUUCUGAAAAAAAUUUAACUUCAUUAAAAAUGCAAGCUUCAUAAAACCAUGCAGAUUAUUUUCUCUACAUUCUAUAGUUCUCUCUUGCUUCAAAAUAAUGAUUGGAGAGGUGGUUGAAAAGGUUGAAGAAUAGGGUAGGUGUGCAAAUAACAUAUGCCUAACGUAGGUCAUGUAAGAAUUGUGAAUUAGAGGGGAAAACUGGUGACUGCACAAAUUGGAUACCUAGCAUGCGUAGCCUUCUGCCAAGGCUGUGAUGAUCACAUAGUGGCUCAAAAACCAAAAAAGUAGAGUCUGGUAAAGGAGGAAAAGUGCAGAAUUGUAGCCUGUUGUAUUUGUCAAGGUGUACUGAGUUAAUAAUAAAUUGUAUGUGUUUUAGAUUCACAUUACAUGUAAUCAUUAUGAAAGUUCUACAUACAUAUGUAACAGUUUGAUUUUAGGAUUACUAAUACAUGUAGUUACAAUUAGUUUUUCAUACUUUUAAGUAUCUAACAAAAUGAAUAUAUACUUUGUGUCUUAACAGUCACUUUUAUGUCCAGUAUAAAUGUAACGUUUGGGAGGCUAGAGUUUUAAGUUAAUUUGUUUUGUUUUUUUGUGUGGAAUACACACGGAUUAUUUGCUAGUUGGGUACCACCAGUACAUGUUUUAGCUCAAAUUAUGUUAUUUCCAUAUUUUUUACAAUUUUCAGGGAACACGUUGAAGCGUCAAUUUCAGACUUUGUCAUGUUGGACAAUUUUUAUAUUUGCCGGUAGCUAUAUUUAUGGCAUGCAUCCAGGUUAUACUGGUACGUGCUAUACUUUGACCAAAUUGACAUACUUGUGGGAUUACUAUGCUCCUUUUUUUACAGUAUUUUUGUACAUGGUAUUUAUUGUAAUUUUUGUAUGUAGAGCAGUCUUGUACAAGUGUAAUAAGAUCAUAUAUUGAGGGUAACAGUUGUCUAUUAAACCUGCUUGUAAUGCCCAGCGAAUAUGGAUGUGGCAUCUGUAGUUAAUCAUAGACGUGAGCGUAAAUGGCAGUGCUCUGCGUGGGGAUUCCCCUUUCCUUGAACGGCAUCUCGUGGAAAGAUGCUCACUGACAGGUAGAGUACACGGAGGUUGUGAUGUUCACAGCCAUGUAUUGAUUAUGCUGAUUAUGCUAUAUAAAAGCGUGAUAUAUUAGGUUGACGUUAGCACAGCAGUUUGCAAAGAAUUUAUCAGGUCACCUGCAGCCAUCCCUGGGCAGAUGAGACUAUUUAAAGGGGUAAUAUACUACGUUGACGUUAGCACAGCAGUUUGCAAAGAAUUUAUCAGGUCACCUGCAGCCAUCACCGGGCAGAUGAGACUAUAUAAAAGGGUAAUAUACUACGUUGGCGUUAGCACAGCAGUUUGCAAAGAAUUUAUUAGGUCACCUGCAGACAUCACCGGGCAGAUGAGACUAUAUAAAAAGGUAAUAUACUACGUUGACGUUAGCACAGCAGUUUGCAAAGAAUUUAUCAGGUCACCUGCAGCCAUCACCCGGCAGAUGAGACUAUAUAAAAGGGUAAUAUAUAAGGUUGGCGUUAGCACAGCAGUUUGCACAGAAUUUAUCAGGUCACCUGCAGACAUCACCGGGUAGAUGAGACUAUAUAAAAGGGUAAUAUAUAAGGUUGGCGUUAGCACAGCAGUUAGUUGUAAUACAACUUUCAUUUAUCAUUCAGAUGCCAUGUGUACUAUUGACAUAUCUGUAUUCUGUCUAAAAUUUUAUCUUGCACUAAGGUUCUUGUUUUGCCCGAUUCUGUUUCUGUUUGAAUGUUAUAGGAUAUUGCAAUAGAAAAAAAUGUAACAGUGCCUAAUAUUUCCUGAACAUUGUAUACUUUUGAAAACCUGUUGAAUUCCUGACUUAUUGUUGUUCUUUUUGAAAAGGACUUCUUCAUGUAUUCUGUACAUCUAGGCCUGUACAUUUAUCUAGUUGUAUACACAGUGCUGUGUUCAGUUAUUUGGGUUUAUGUGGUCUUGCAUGCAGCUUGGGGAUUUCUGGGUGAAAAGUACUAAGCCACAUCCAUGUGCUAUAUUGUAGACAUGAUUUGACUGAAAGCUUAUUGUCACAUGGACAUUUGUGGCCUCAUCAACGCUUGAGCAAACAUUGUCUGGGACAGUGGAUAUUUACCAUGCAUGCACAAACGGGAUCUGAAAUAUUAAAAGGGAUUAGGGAUGUGACGUCCAUUUAUGAUGUGUCAUUUCCUCUGAGAUCGCUUUUCUAUGCUUGAACAUGGCAGAUUAUCAGUUGGGGAAAAGUGCUUGCGUGUAUUGGCAGGCUGAUCGUGUUUCAAAUUUGCCAAAUAACCAGCACAAAGCAAUCAGUUUAAGUAGAUUGUAGCUACCAGAGCAGCAUAUGUUUUUAACCUGUCACCGUGGUAGUUACAAUGAAGUUAGCCAAUGAUCACUUUGUGCAAGCAGGCCCUGGGCCAUGAAGUUUUAUAUUCCAAAAACUUGGAAGGUUCUGACCCUAAGCGUUAAA